AUGAAGGCUCCUUCUACUCUUCUUCUACGGGCUAUGCUACGCCCACAACAGCCUUUAUGCCAGGUCAGAUGGAAGUCAGAAUGGAUGCCUAGGGAGAAGUACGCGAAAAUCACAACUCUGGACAAGCUGCACCGAAGACAAAAGGCAGCUGUUCGCAAAGAAAGACAGGACAGCGAAGAUCGUGCUGCGAAAAUGUAUCCUACCUCCAGUCCUCCAGCAACCCUCUCACCGGCACGACAGCAGCAACAGCCACCACAGCAAUCCCCUCCUCAACAACUUUCUUUCCUCAAGAGCCAGAUUCAGAGCCACGACCUCACGCCAACCCUUUCCCCGCUUCCCUACCUGAUCACGCGUACUCCAUCGAAAAACCUCCCAAUCUAUCAGACCGCCAAGGCCGGCGGAUCCAAACACAUCACGACGAUCCGCAAGAUCAAGGGCGAUCUCCAGGAGCUGGCGAAUGCUGUGCGCACUGCCUUGAAGCUGGAGGAAUACAUCACCGACGUGCGAGGGCGCAAGAAGGCCAAUGUCGUGAUCAACUGGACGACGAGGCAUGUGGUGGUGAGGGGCUGGAGAGGGCCCGAGAUCAAGCGGUGGGCGGAAGUGAGUGGGUUCUGA